GCACGGGCGCUAAGACUGGAAAUCUACGAUCUUGCAGUUCCCCCCACAGUUCAUUCGCAAAUUGGAGUUGGCCGAGGCGUACCUUCUUCGUUUUCGCAGCUUGAGCUUGUCUGCGAAUAAACUAUUCGACGAUUGGUGGGAGCCACAGGCAAAGCAACAAAUACCUACUUCGACGACAAACACCUCCAGAAAAAAGCCCAGCAACGGAGACAGCAGAUCUCAACAAAGAGAAUCAAUUGCAUCUACAGUAUUUAAGGCUUUCAAUUUCAUCAAUUAUAAAUACAGCCAUGGCACGACGAUCAUCGCGGCCCGCCCCGGCCUCGCCCCAAGCGCCUGAGGCGGCGCCAAAGCGACGCGCCUCAGCCAGGCUGUCUGCCUCGCAGCCCGAGAUCAAGAGGGUCAAGUCCAACGCCUCUUUGCCGGGGAAACCCGUCAAGUCCACGACUAAGAAGAGCAAGUAUUUUGAACCCGAGAGCUCCGAGGAGGGCGAGUCACCAUCCAGCGAGUCUGGUGGAGACGAAUCGGACUCCGCUUAUGAAGAAGACAAGGUCUCCGAUGUCUCGUCAGAGCAUGACUCGGUACCAGACGAGCCCAGCGACAGUGAGGAGGACUCCAAGAGGUCUCGUCCGAAGGGGAAGCAGGUACGCGGCACUGCGACGGACGAGGAGCUUCUGAAGGGCAAAGAGCUCUGGCGCGAGGGCGUGCGAACGGGCUUGGGACCCGGAAAAGAGGUGUUUAUCCCCAAGCCCAAGGCGCGAGACCCCGGCAACGUGCCAUACCAGGACGAGGUGCUGCACCCUAACACCAAGUUGUUCUUGCAAGAUCUGGCCAAGAACAACGAGCGGGAAUGGCUCAAAGCGCACGACCCUGAUUACCGCGCGGCUAAGAAGGACUUUGAGACCUUUGUUGAGACCUUGACCACGAAGAUCGCAGAGAAGGACGGCACUGUCCCCGAACUCCCGGUGAAAGACCUGGUAUUCCGCAUCCACCGGGAUAUCCGAUUCAGUAAAAAUCCACUUCCGUACAAGAUUCAUUUCUCGGCUGCGUGGUCCCGUACGGGCAAGAAAGGUCCUUAUGCAGCGUACUAUGUCCAUUUCCAACCUGGCGCUUGUUUUGUCGGCUGCGGUCUCUGGCACCCAGAGGCUGAUCCAUUGGCGACACUUCGAGAGGACAUUGACGCGAAUGCACGUCAGUGGAAGGAUGUUCUGCGAGCGCCAGCGAUGCGUCGCGAGUUUCUGAACGGAGCGUCGGAUGAUGACGAUGCGGUUGUGAAGGCUUUCGCUCAUGCCAACAGGGAAUCGGCCCUCAAAACUAAGCCUAAGGGCUACAGCGCAGACAACGAGAACAUCCAAUUGCUCCGACUGCGCAGCUUCACUCUCGGAAGGCCCGUCUCGGACGCAGAAAUGAUGGCGGCGGAUGCACAGGACCGGAUCGUCGCCUUGGUCGAAGUCAUGGAGCCCUUCGUGACGUAUCUCAACAGUGUAGUGAUGCCCGAUCAUUAGCGUGCUUUUUGAUUACUUUGCCUUAGUUGUUCAAGCCCAAUUGUCGGGGCUUUUCCCUCGCAUUUGGCACGGGAAGAUCGAGGAUGAGUGGGGUCUUUGGGCCGGACAAUGUAUUGCAUGUAUCUGAUUUUCUUUGCACAUUC